UAAACCACGGGCAUUGUGCGCACUCUGUAAGGCACGUAAACUAGGGGGUUGAAAGUCUGGGCAGAUUUUAAGCAAGCGAAUCUGAGCCUUGGAAAGGAUUAUUCGCUAGACUUUCUUCAAAGGUUGGAAGGCAAAAACUGAGUUUGUUAGCACUGCCGGACGCUUAGUUUGGCAAUAUCUCCAGGAAGAACGUGGCCGAAAACACAAUGGAGGCCAGAGGGGAGCGCUUUCUUAGACAAAGGCAAGUCCUAUUUCUCUUUGUUUUUCUGGGCGGGUCUCUGACUGAGUCUGAGUCAAGACGCUACUCUGUGGUUGAGGAAACAGAGAGGGGCUAUUUAAUAGCCAACCUAGCAAAGGAUUUAGGGCUAGGAGUAGGGGAACUGGCUGUGAGGGGAGCCCAAGUUGUGUCUAAAGGGAACAAACAGCAUUUUCAGCUCAACCAUCAGACCGGCGAUUUGCUCCUGCAUGAGAAAUUGGACCGGGAAGAGCUAUGCGGCCACACGGAGCCAUGUUUACUGCACUUUCAGAUAUUACUGCAAAACCCUUUGCAGUUUAUUACAAAUGAGGUUCAGGUCGUAGAUGUAAACGACCAUUCUCCGGUAUUCUUUGAAAAUGAAAUGCAGCUGAAACUCUUAGAAAACACGCCACCAGGAACCGUAAUUCCUUUGGAAAAUGCUGAGGACUUGGAUGUGGGAAGAAACAGUCUCCAAAACUACACAAUCGCUCCUAAUUCCCAUUUCCAUGUUCUCACACGCAAUCGUAGGGAUGGAAGAAAGUACCCACAACUAGUGCUGGACAAAGCGCUAGACCGUGAGGAGCACCCAGAGCUCGUUUUGACCCUCACCGCGCUAGAUGGGGGCUCUCCACCCCGGUCGGGGAUCGCCCAGAUCCACAUUCUGGUCUUAGACAUAAAUGACAAUGCCCCAGAAUUUACACAGUCACUCUAUGAGGUUCAAAUUCUAGAGAACAGUCCCAUUAACUCUGUUAUUGUCACUGUCUCAGCUUCUGACUUAGAUACAGGAAAUUUUGGGACAGUAUCAUACGCAUUUUUUCAUGCUUCUGAAGAAAUUCGCAAAACUUUUCAGUUAAAUUCAAUUACUGGUGAUAUCCAACUAGUCAAAUAUUUGAAUUAUGAGGUUAUGAAUACUUAUGAAGUGGACAUAGAAGCCAAGGAUGGGGGGGGCCUUUCAGGAAAAACCACAGUGAUAGUUCAGGUGGUUGAUGUGAAUGACAACCCACCAGAACUGACCUUGUCCUCAAUUACCAGCCCUAUCCCUGAGAACUCGCCAGAGACUGUGGUGGCUGUUUUCAGUGUUUCAGAUCCUGACUCUGGAGACAAUGGAAGAAUUAUGUGCUCCAUCGAGAACAAUCUCCCCUUCGUCCUAAAACCAUCAGUAGAGAAUUUUUACACCCUACUGUCAAAAGGAGCACUAGACAGAGAGAGCCAGGCCGAGUACAACAUCACCAUCACCGUCACCGACCUGGGGACCCCCAGGCUGAAAACCCAGCACAACCUCACGGUGACCGUGUCCGACGUCAACGACAACGCCCCGACCUUCAGCCAGACGACCUACACCCUGCGCGUCCGCGAGAACAACAGCCCCGCCCUGCACAUCGGCAGCGUGAGCGCCACCGACAGAGACUGGGGCGCCAACGCCCAGGUCACCUACUCGCUGCUGCCGCCCCACGACCCGCAGCUGCCGCUGGGCUCGCUGGUGUCCAUCAACGCGGACAACGGGCAGCUGUUCGCGCUCAGGUCGCUGGAUUUCGAGGCGCUGCAGGCGUUCGAGUUCCGCGUGGGCGCGGCCGACCGCGGCUCGCCGGCGCUCAGCAGCCAGGCGCUGGUGCGCGUGCUGGUGGCGGACGCCAACGACAACGCGCCGUUCGUGCUGUACCCGCUGCAGAACGGCUCGGCGCCCUGCACCGAGCUGGUGCCGCGGGCGGCCGAGGCGGGCUACCUGGUGGCCAAGGUGGUGGCGGUGGACGGCGACUCGGGCCAGAACGCCUGGCUGUCGUACCAGCUGCUCAAGGCCACGGAGCCCGGGCUGUUCGGCGUGUGGGCGCACAACGGCGAGGUGCGCACGGCGCGGCCGCUGAGCGAGCGCGACGCCGUCAAGCACAGGCUGCUGGUGCUGGUCCGGGACCACGGCGAGCCGCCGCUGUCGGCCAGCGUCACGCUGCACGUGCUGCUGGUGGACGGCUUCUCGCAGCCCUACCUGCCGCUGCCGGACGCGGCGGCGGCCGAGGCCCGCGCCGACCCGCUCACCGUCUACCUGGUGGUGGCCUUGGCGUCCGUGUCGUCGCUCUUCCUGUUUUCGGUGCUGGUGUUCGUGGCGGUGCGGCUGUGCAGGAGGAGGCGGGCGGCGUCGGGGGGCGGCUGCUCGGUGCCCGAGGGUCCGUUUCCGGGCCACCUGGUGGACGUCAGCGGCGCGGGGACCCUUUCCCACAGCUACCAGUAUGAGGUGUGUCUGAAGGGAGGAUCUGGGACCAAUGAGUUCAAGUUCCUCAAGCCCAUUUUUCCCAAUGGUCUGGUUCAAGAUACUGAGUGAGACUUCAGCAAAGCUCCAAUUUUAAGAAUAGUUUUCAUUUACAGAAUAGUGAAAAAAAUAUUUGUCUGGCUAUGGUUGUUUUCUUUUGGAACCAAUAAUCU